CAUCAUCUUCAUAUCUUCAUUCAAUCAUUCUCUUUCUUGUUAAUUACAAUAUAAUUCUUUACUUUUCUCGUGUAAUAUAUCAUUAACAUAAUAUAUAUCAUGGCGCAUUGUACUUCAAGUAUCAUAAGUUUUAUUGUCACAUUGUUGUUAUUAGGUGCAAUAUGUGAUGCACAAUUGUCUUCUACAUUUUAUGACAAUACAUGCCCUGAUGCACUUAGCACCAUCAGAACUGUGAUUCGUAGUGCAGUUUCUAAGGAACGCCGCAUGGCUGCAUCUCUCAUUCGUCUUCAUUUUCACGAUUGUUUUGUCCAGGGUUGUGAUGCAUCAAUUUUGCUUGAUGAUAGCACCUCUAUUGAGAGCGAAAAAACUGCACUUCAAAAUGUUAACUCAGUAAGAGGAUUUAACGUCAUCGAUCAAGCAAAAUCUCAAGUGGAGAAAGUAUGCCCCGGAGUUGUGUCAUGUGCUGACAUUGUAGCAAUAGCAGCACGAGAUGCAUCAUUUGCUGUGGGUGGUCCAUCAUGGACAGUGAAACUUGGACGAAGAGAUUCUACCACUGCAAGCAAAAGUUUGGCCACUAGUGACCUUCCACUUUUUACAGACGAUCUUGACACUCUUAUAUCUAGAUUCGAUAAAAAGGGACUCACCGCUAGAGAUAUGGUUACUCUAUCUGGUGCCCACACAAUUGGACAAGCUCAAUGUUUCACGUUUCGUGACAGGAUAUACAACAAUGCAAGUAACAUUGAUGCAGGAUUUGCUAGUACUCGUCAACGUGGUUGUCCAUCACUUAGAAAUAAUGAUAAUGAUAAGAAGUUGGCAGCACUAGACUUGGUUACGCCCAAUUCAUUUGACAACAAUUAUUUCAAGAAUUUGAUUCAGAAGAAAGGUCUUCUUCAAACAGAUCAAGUAUUAUUUAAUGGAGGAUCUACAGAUUCUAUUGUGUCUGAAUAUAGCAAAAAUCCUACAACUUUUAAGUCAGACUUUGCAGCUGCUAUGAUAAAAAUGGGAGAUAUUGAACCAUUAACCGGAUCUGCUGGAAUCAUAAGAAAGAUUUGCAGUUCUAUCAACUAAGUUCGUACGUAGACCUAUAACUGCCAAUGUGUUUUGCAAUUUACAAAUUUCAUGAAUUAAUUCAUUUUCAUUUAAACAAGUGUUAAAUAUUCUUAUCAA